CAACUAUGUCGCUCACGUUUUUAAUUUGAAACUUCGUUGGAAAAUUGAAUUUUCUUUAUUUUCCUUAGUUACAGUGAAUUAAGCUAGUGUUUUACAAUAGAAAGUCUCUAGUAACCUCAAAACGACCAUCAUCAAUCAGCUCCAACUGCACAUCAUCAAAAGUUUCUUUGAAAAUCCACAGAAAUCAUAAAAAUCUCGUUUGUUUAUAUUCAUGCUGUAAAAAUUUAAUUAAAUUACAAUGGAUAAAAAGACUAAUUUAGCAAGUAAGGAUGUGGAGUCAUCGAAAAAUCAACCAGACUUUAGUGUCCUAUUCAUGAAAAUGCUGGAAGAUAAAAAACAAGACAAUAGUAAAGAUCUCUUCCAUUCAUUCCAGGUCAGAGAAGCGAGAAUCAAGAAUAUCAAUAGAUAUCUUAAAAGUACGCAAAAUUACCGUACAUUAGGCUUGAUAUCACUUGCUGAUUUUUUGGAGCUUCAUACAGUCGUGUCUGCAUCAUUUACAACUGAAAAAGAAUGUCAGGAAUUAGAAUGGAUAGAGACAAUAUUAAGAUUUAUCGAUAAUAAAAGUGAAGAAGCUGAAAAGUGCUUCCCAAUUCUUACAAAAUUGAUAAUAAUCACAGCUCAACAUCCAGACAUGCAUAAAAUAGUCCAAAGCAAAUAUGUUAGUAAAAUAAUUGAUAGCAUCACGACCAAUCAACUUUCUAUUCCAUCAUUACAAUGUUUAGCUGUAUGCAUGAGAGAAAAUAAUGGACCAAGUGGAAUUUACAAGAAUAAAAUUUAUGAUUUUUGUGUAGCUUCAGUUGACAUUAUGGAUCCUGUAAUUAAUAAUCUUACUGGCAAAUGUCUGCACUUGCUGCAACAAACGAGAGGUGGAAGUAUUGGAGGACAAGCUUACAAGAAAAAUUGGGCUGAAUAUCAUACAAAAUUGCUUUAUUCAAUGGAAGAAUUGUUCAUUAAUCUUCUCCAAACUGGUGACAGCGUCUCGUCAGGCAAAUCUGAACGUUUGAAGCUACCGGAUUGUGCUGAAAAUAAGAAGAAUGUGCCAUUAAUGUACUCGCAUCAAGAACGAUUUGUGCGAUUCCAAAAUAUUUGCAUAUUCUUAAAUGUGAGCUUAGUUCAGCCAUUUCCAGUUGCUAAAUCGAUUCUACUCGACUGGAUUGUAUCUUUUAUAGACAAAAGUACAACAACAAAUCAGGCACAAAUUAACAAAAAGGAUGGAGAUCGCAUUUUGCCGUUUAUUCUUCACAUUGAAGUUCAGAAAUGUCUAUUCAGUGUCUUAUCGGCAGCAAUGAAGGCAGUUGGACGGAAUAUUUUGAUCCAUUCAAAAGAUAUUUGUGAUGUGUUCUGGAAAUCAUUAAAAAGCACUAAUGUCCCAUACGAUGAGUUUAAGAUUAGUGAGAUAUCGUCUUUAAGAUGCACAAUCUACGACGUCAUCGCUGAAUUCAUGAGAAUAUCACCAAACAAUAAUUUCAUCUCCAAAAACACUGAAAAUUUCAUAAAGGAAGCGUUUUUGGACAUCACACCGAUUCAAAGUGAAAUUCUCUUGACAUUGCCAGGUGCAAGUAGCGAGUCCAACAAAAAGAAGAAGAAAAAUCCAGAAGUAAAGAAAACAUUGUCUGGAAAAACGUUCGAUAAUUGCAUUAAAAUUCAUCAACAGCUGUGCAUUAAAAGUUUGAACUUCCUGAAUAAUCUACUAAUAUCUAAUGGUGCUGGAAUGAAGCCAGUUCUAUUCAAAAUAUUAACUGAUAAAGUUCUGAUAGUCACUUACAAAUUUUUAUCAAGAGAUUUGACACAACAAGAUUUAUAUCAUUCAAGUGACUGUCGAUUAGGAAUUUUGGAACUAGUUUACAAUAUUUUAAUAAAUCCAGCGAUUCGCAAUGCAACGCCGUCGAGUUUCAUGGUUGAACUUUUAAAGAAAUUUAAGGACAAUGAUAAAAGUGACAAAUUAAGGAACAAAUCUAAUGAAAUGCUUAGAACUGUUGAGGCAAUUUUACAUAAUCGAAAAGAUCCAAUUCACUUCCCAUCGGACUUAAAAGAUUUCCGUGAUUCAUGGCUAUUUAAUGAGAAAACUGUCAAGUCAUUUAAUGAAAUUCAUAAUGAAAGAAUCGGUCAAAUUUUUGAAGUUGACAGCAUAGAUGAGACUGAAGACGUCUCAUUCUUCCAAAAUAUUAUUUCUAGGAAAAAUUCAGACAGCAGUUUGUUGAUGGAAGUUGAUCAGGUAGCUGAGAAUCAAGCAGAAGUAAGUAAUGGCAAGGAAAAGUCACCAGAACCUGAAAUUUUAGAAGACAGCAGUUCAAAUGACAAGAGUGAAGAGGAAGUGAGUCCACAAAUUGUUGCGAGAGGAAAUCCAGUCAAAAAGCAGCCAGCCACAGCGAUAAAGCAACAAGUCAAAGCCAAAAGACCUUCAGAUUCACCUAAAGCUGAGGAAAUUCCGACAAAAAUUGCAAAAGAGUCUGUAAAGGAACCCGAAAUAAUUGACAUCAAGGAGAAAAUCGAUGGAGACGAUGACGAAAUUGUAAAUUCUUAUUUAGCUGACUUUUGUGAUGAAUGAGAAUAUGAAAUGUCAGUAAUUUAAUUAAUAUUGAAUACAAAAUGCAUUUUUUAAUUCAG